GGUGUUUUUUGGGAAGGCAGGAGCGGUGGAGCCUCGCAGCCUCUCUCCCAGCAUGGCAGACCAGAAGCGUCUCGCCUUUUCCAUCAUCCAGUUCCUGCACACCCAGCUCCAGAGCGGGAAAAUGUCUCCGGAUGCUCAGGAGAGUUUGGAAGUGGCCAUCCAGUGCCUGGAAACAGCGUUUGGGGUCUCCAUGGAAGAUCAAAGCCUGGCUGUGUCCCAGACCCUUCCCGAAAUAUUUGAGGCUGUGGCAGGGAAGGAGCUGGAACAUUCCAGAACGAACUCGGAGCCCGUGACGCCCUCGGAAGAUGACGUGGCCGAGGCUGAAAGGCUCAAGACGGAAGGAAACGACCAAAUGAAGGCGGAAAACUUCGAGGCUGCCGUGUCUUUUUAUGGAAAAGCCAUCGAGUUAAACCCGGCCAACGCCGUUUAUUUCUGCAACAGAGCUGCUGCCUACAGCAAGCUGGGGAAUUACGCCGGAGCCGUGCGGGAUUGCGAGCGCGCCAUCGGCAUCGACCCCAGCUACAGCAAAGCCUACGGCAGGAUGGGCCUGGCCCUUUCCAGCCUAAACAAACACACGGAAGCCGUGGUUUAUUACAAAAAAGCUCUGGAAUUGGAUCCGGAAAAUGAAACGUACAAAUCCAACCUGAAAAUCGCUGAACAGAAAAUGAAGGAGACUCCCAGUCCGACCGGCGGCCCCGGAGGCUUCGACUUGGCCGGAUUGCUGAACAACCCCGGCUUCAUGAGCAUGGCCUCAAACCUCAUGAACAACCCCCAAGUCCAACAGCUAAUGUCCGGGAUGAUCUCGGGAGGUCACAACGCCAUGGGAGCGGCCGGGAGCAGCCCCAACACCAACGACCUGGCCAGCCUGAUCCAGGCGGGCCAGCAGUUCGCGCAGCAGAUGCAGCAGCAGAACCCCGAGCUGAUCGAGCAGCUCCGCAGCCAAAUCCGGAGCCGGACCCCGAGCGCCAGCAACGAGGAGCAGCAGGAGUGAGCCCCUGGGAAUUCCGGAAUUUGCUUUUCCAGCUGGGAGCCGCGUCCGUGUCGCCGUUUCUUGACUUGGAAGUGUCCGAGAGAGGGGGGGAAAAAAGAAAAAACCCCAAAAUUUCAACGGAUAAAAAAACCCAAAAUAAUUCCCAAAUCUUUCCGUGCCCUGCAUGCCACCGAGAAUUCCCAAUUUUCCCGCCCUGCUCCUCCCUUUUUUUUCCCCCAAUUUUCCCAAAUUUUUUAAAAUUUUAUUUCAUUUUCCUGGCAGCCCCAGCAGAGCUGAACUCAAAAUUUCCCACAGAAUUCCGCUGGGAAAUUCCCAAAUCGCUGCCUGGGGGGGAUUUUUUUAUUCCCAAUUUUUUUUUUUUGGUUUUUUUGCAGAAUUUCCAAGCCAAUUCUUCAUUUAUUUUUCAUUUUCCCCCCCCCCUCAAUUUUCCCCUCCUCGGGAGCCACUUCCAAGAAGUGUUUGAGUCCCUGCUCGUCCCCACCCUGGAAUUCCCAGGAUUUUCCACUCUCUGGGAAUGAGGAUUUCGCUCCAAGUCUGGGAUUUUCGGGAAUUUUGCCGCUCCCUUUUCCAGGAUCCACGGAGGGGGAGUCAAGACUGAACCUCCCCCCCAAAAACAUUUUUUUUUUGGGGGGUUGUUUUUUUUUUUUUAUCCCCUAUCCCCAAAAAAAAAAUCCUGGAAAAUCCCGUUGGGUGUGCGACAACUCCGGGGAAAAAAACAAAAAAAAUGGGAAUUUCUCCCAUGGAACGUCAGCAGGGAGGGAGUGAAAGCGUUUUUAGUGUGUUUAAAGGAGUUUUUUCCUAAUUAUUUUUAUUUUUUAAUUGCAUGUCAGCUGGUGGGGGUCGGGCUGGAGGGAACCAAAAAUUCCUCCCCCCCCUUUUGGAUCCAAAUUUGGAUCCAAAUUUGGAUCCAAAAAUCCAGGAAUUCGGGCAUGGAGAAAUUCCUGGAGCCGCCUCAAAUUCCCAGCCGGGGUGAGAGCAGAGGAUUUUUUUUGAAAUCCAAAAAAGGGAUUUAAAUCCGAUUUUUUUUUUUUUUGGCUCCCUCCGGAACGUUCGGGAGACGGAAAA